AAGCAUAUUGCAUUUAUACUUAAUUCAAGAUCUUACGAUUCAAUUUACAUGAAUUUUACUGGUUUGAUUCCUUUAUUUUAAGCUAGGGUUUCUGUUCUUUUGAUGCAUCUAUCUGUUUAUUACUAAUAUCUGAAAUGAAAUUAGCAUAUACAUACCUAAUAAACUAUGAAAUUGAUGUCUGGAACUUUAAGCUGUUCAUCUAAAGAUGGGUUUAGUAAGCCUUUCUAAGAAUUGGGUUUGCAGAAUCUUAUGAUAUCCCCAUGUUUGUUUAUCUCUUUUGCAAUAGAUGCAUUUCAUAUACACCCGUUUUGAUUUUGGAAAAUCAACUGGAAGGACUCGAACUAACUAGUUUCCUGUAAAAAAAGGUUGGGUUGUUGACCAUGCCCCCUAAACUCAAGAGACCAGGUAAGUGGAUAAAUAAACCAGUCUCGGAAUCUAAACCCUUGGAAACUCAAACUCCAAAGCUUUUGAAGCCAGAGGGUGGAAUCAAAAAAAGACUUUUGAAGAAGAAAUCAAAGAUACAGAGUGAUCGAGGUGACCCCUCAAACAAUAAGGCAUUGGAGCAGCAGAAGGAAGAGGAGGGAAGUAGUAGAGAAAUAUCUGUAAAAUGUGGAAAUCAGAAGGAACCAAAGAUAAUCUCACUAAUCAAAACGAGAAAUGAGGAGAAGACUCCAUUGAAAGGAGAUGAUGUAAAAUCCACUCAUCAUGAGGACAAAAAGAAGAAGACUAACAUCAUUGAGGGAAAAGCAGACCGAAAGGAUACCAAUGAUAUUGAUGGAUUGAUAUUUUUCUGCAAUUCUAGAACUAGACCUGAUUGUUUCAAAUAUUCUAUAAUGGCUGUCCCGUUAAAUAAAGAAAAUAUGGUUAUGAGUAUAAAACCUGGUUUGAAGCUUUUCCUUUAUGACUAUGAUUCCAACCUGUUGCAUGGAAUUUACGAGGCAUCUUCUGCCGGUGGUAAGAGACUAGAGCCUGAUGCUUUUGGCGGGUCCUUCCCAGCACAGGUUCGAUUCAAAGUUUUCAAAGACUGUCCUCCUCUUCAUGAAAGAGAAUUCAAGAAGGCAAUGGGCGAGACCUACAAUGAAAGGACCCGCAAAUUUAAGACUGAGUUAACAGUCAAGCAAGUAAAAAAACUAUCAAUGUUAUUCCGACUAAGCUCAGGACCACAUCCACAUGCAAAUUCUUUGGGCUCAAGACUUCAGACUGCUGCAAACGACCCUUUUUCACAAUCAUCUAACAAAGGUGGUGAGUCAAGCAGACACCGGAUGAAUAAGGAUAAACACCAUGAGAGUGGUAGGUCCCAUGAUAGGUCAAGGAAGAGCCGAGGAAUGUUGGAUUCCCCUCCAAAUCAAGCUCUUCACCAUCCCCGCAGAAGAACCCCAUCAAGAGAUAGAUCUCCUUCAGAUCUACUUAUACUGUCAGAAAAAGAGUACAGAAGUCACGGUCUUCAAAGGGGAAGGCAUAUAAUAGAUAUGGAUCAUUCUGCUCCAACUACUAGGCCUCCUUUAGAUGAAAAUGAGUAUAGGACAUAUGGCCUUUCACGCGAUAUACGUCCUAUUGCACAAGAACCACAAAUGGAUAGAUUGAACAAUUAUCGUUCCAACUACUACGAAGAUGAUCUGGUAAACAAGUAUCUGAACCAUCCUGCUACAGUUGUAGCACCACCCUCUUCUGAUCCUUAUUUGUUAGCUGCAAAAGAUGCCUUUUAUAGGGAGGUUGAUGCCAUAAAUCAUUCUGGAAGAGCUAGACUGAUUUCUGAAUAUUCAUAUCCAAGGGAGAGAUCAUAUGAACCUGAAAGAUCAUAUCGCAAUGGUGAAGGAUCGUAUGGAGUUGUAAGAUCAUAUCCAAAGGAUGAAGGACCAUCUUAUAGAGUUGAAAGAUCCAAUCCAAAUGCUGAUUUAGGAGCUUAUGAAGCUGAAAGACAGUAUGAGACAGAGAGAUCACUUCAAAAGUAUCACGAUGAUCACCGUCAGAAGUACCUCCACCGUCAUAGUGAAGAUCCAUUACCCAUGUCGUCAGUUUCAUCACGAUAUGCUGUUGCUGGGUCUUCUAGACUGUACCAUUGAAAAGUUGUGAAGAAGAAGAACAAGAAAAAUGAAAAAUAGCUUCAUUUCGCUGUACUUCAGAGUACCCAGGUUCUUUGUAUUUUAGAAGCUUUUAAUUGUGAUUGGAAAAAAUGGCAAAUGUUGAAUUUUAUUGAGUUUAUGAUUUUUUUUUUAAUUGCAGCCCUCCUUUGUUUGGUUU